AAAUCACUUUUUCCCCGUUCUUAUUAUAGCUUCCUUUUUCAUUUUCAACUCUCUCACAGUACCUAUUCCUUUUUCCCUCAACAAUUCCCAUCCCUUUGCUUUAUUAGUUAAAAAUAGUAAUAGAAGCCAUACAGAUUGGGAAAUAGCCAAAAUCUUGUUCGUCAAGCCCUAUAUGCUUUCUUGAAAGAGAAAAAAAAUGGGUUGAGGUAAGAGGAACAAGAAGAAGAAGAAAAAGGGGUGUUGAUUCUUGUUGUUGUUGUUGAAGAAGAAGAAGAAGAAGAAAUGGUGAUAAGGAAAGUUGGGAAGUAUGAAGUUGGAAGGACAAUUGGAGAAGGAACAUUUGCUAAGGUUAAAUUUGCUCAAAAUACUGAGACAGGUGAAAGUGUCGCCAUGAAAGUACUCGAUCGAAGCACUAUCAUCAAGCACAAGAUGGUUGACCAGAUUAAGCAGGAGAUAUCCAUAAUGAAGCUUGUUAGACAUCCAUAUGUAGUUCGAUUGCAUGAGGUUAUAGCAACUCGCACGAAGAUCUAUAUUAUCUUGGAAUUUAUCACAGGCGGUGAACUGUUUGAUAAGAUAGUCCACCAUGGACGAUUAAGUGAGGCCGAGUCUCGUAGAUACUUUCAGCAAUUGAUUGAUGGAGUUGAUUAUUGUCACAUCAAGGGAGUUUAUCAUAGAGACCUAAAGCCUGAAAAUCUUCUGCUAGAUUCCCAAGGAAAUCUGAAAAUAUCAGAUUUUGGACUUAGCGCAUCACCUGGCGAAGGAGUCAACAUUCUUAAGACUACAUGUGGAACUCCCAACUAUGUUGCACCAGAGGUUCUUAGUCACAAAGGUUAUGAUGGUGCUGUGGCUGAUAUCUGGUCCUGUGGUGUCAUCCUUUAUGUUCUGAUGGCAGGUUAUCUCCCCUUUGAUGAGGUUGAUCUCACUACACUGUAUGCAAAGAUUGACAAAGCAGAGUUCUCCUGCCCGUCUUGGUUUCCUGUUGGAGCAAAAUCUCUGAUACAUCGAAUUUUAGACCCAAAUCCUCAAACCGUGCUUCUAUCUACUGUUUUGCUUCUUUCCAAUGAGAAAGAACAGGGAAAAUGAAUGGAAGGAAUCUAGCAAAAGGAUAGAAGAAAAAUAAAAGAACAAAUAUGCAGGUUCUACAUUGGAAAGUGGAAAGAACAAUAAAAGAAAAGAGAGCAAAGAAAGAAACUUGUUGCUAUUUGUGCUGCUUUGCUUCUCUACAUUUUUGUUACGUUUCUUGUAUUCCCGUGCUCAAAUUUCAGUUUUUCGUGAUGAUCUCCAUUGUCAUGGACUGAAGCAGAAAUCCAGCAACUUCUUCCUUUUGGGUUUCCCCUUCCAUUUUUCUUCUUUGUAUGGUCGUUAUUGCUGACAGUAUCCAAUUGUUGGAACUAUUCUUUUGUGCAUUAGACCUUUUUCCGCACUUUUUUUGUUUCUUUGUCUAAUUUUUCUAUUUUGACCUUAAAUUUCCUUGCCAUCUUAGUACUAAAUUAUCAAUAGACAUAGAACAACUGAGGAAGACAAGAGGGGAAAGAGCAGAAGGAGGAGAACUGUUAAGAUAGCAUCUGGGGAUUGCAUAAUGGAUGGUGGUCGUUUCAAGGAAAGGAAAAAAUUUAAAAGGAAAAAGGAUCUCUCUAAGUCUUUAUUUCACUGUUAUAUAUACCUGGCGUAUUUUUCAAAAUAACCUAAUUGCUAAGUUGCAGCUUUUAGAAAGUUCUGUGGUGAGAUGCUAAUUUUUUUCUUGCUUCUUGAGCUAUUUACUCUCUAAAGUAGGUUAUACUUUCUAUUACAUGAAUUAAUUCUACCUUAGAAUUGCUUUUGGAGUGUAGUAGCCGCGUUGAGGUUAAAGCGAUGUACAAUAAUGUUGACCAUGAAGAUAAAUUUAGUCUUUUACAAAAGCUAACAUAUUCUUACAGUGUUUUAUUACUUAGUAUU